AUGCUUUCCAAUCAACAACUCGCUCCCCUUCUCGGCUAUAACUGGCGCAGAGACUUGACUUCGGGAAAUUUCGGCUCCGUUUCGGUGGUGGAAAAAGUUGACAACAAUCCCGAGAAGAAUCAAAUUGCGAUGAAAACAAUAAAGCACGACGCGCACCGAAGCGAACGGGAAUUCUCGUCACACAUGAAGGCAAGCGAAGGAGCGGACCACGUCAUAAAAAUUUUCGCCAUGGAGAAUGUGGAACUGCAAACUGUUUUCUUCAUGGAGCUCGCUUCGAUGGGCGAUCUGUUCCACCUAAUCUUUGAAUCUCCGUCCGCAGUCCCGUAUCACCGGUUCUUCAAACAUUUGAUCGCCGGACUCCAACACAUGCAUUCAAAAGAUAUUAUCCAUCUCGAUAUAAAACCGGAGAACCUCUUCAUCUCAGCAAACAAUGUGCUCAAGAUUGGCGACUUUGGAUUCGCAAGAUCAUGCAAAACUGACAACGGAGAUGAAAUUAUGCUGGAUAGAAAACGCGGAACACAUGGUUACAUGGCCCCUGAAAUCUUAGUGGAAAAUGCAAGAUGGAGAGGACCUCCUGUAGACGUCUGGGCUGCUGGAAUCGUAGAUGCGGAGUUCAAGAAGUACUCGCAAAAUGCUAUGAAUCGAAUGAAAUUCCAUUGGGGACAGCUUGGAAAUGCCACCACCUUGGUUCUCAAGAUGCUCGAGUGCGAUCCAACAAACCGAGUCAGCUACCACUUCAUUGAAAACCAUGUCUGGUUCAAACAAAACGAUUAA